CUUUCACUUACCAACCAGAGUAGCAGGAACGGCAUAAACGGUACGCGUCGGUCUUGUACCGCAUAUUUGAUCCCGUUACGACAAAUGCGGCCUCGACGUGUCGGCUUCCUCUUGUUCUUCGCGAAAAGUGAAUCCUUGCAACUCACAGUCCAUCUCGAAACAAGAUGAGAUCAUCAAGUAGCGAUUUCGCUUCGAAAAACAACCAGCCGCUUCCGGCUCAGCCAAGCAUCUGGUUCCAUCCCGAAUAUACCUGGACGGAUGUAUGGAUAUCUAUGUUGAUGAAGCUGGUGCUUCCUCUCGGUAGGUUUGUGGACUAUUUUCACUUGACGAAGGACGCCGACGGAUCAAGCAUGCAUGCGUUGGUGCGGCGAUGUCGGGCUAGACUGAAUAGUAUGGAAGAAAUGGGUCUGAAAGCGGCAGGCUUUCAUAGAUGGGCCAAGGCCUGGGGGUGUCCUGUGGCAACCUUUGUUUGGAACGUAGACGCUAGUUCUGACAUUUUGGAAGAUUAUGGAUUUCCAAACGAAGAUCAUCACGGAAGCGGCGGGACAGACUUCUACGGUACUCAGCAAAGUAUAGCUCAUGUCUACCUACCGGCGCGACUCAUUCCAGAUGAACAUUCUUCAGUGUGUGAUCCAGAUAGCUUCGGUUUGCAAGCCCUACAGGCUAACCCGAAUAUAUCUUGGGACAGAAUCGACAACAGGAUACCUAUCGUGCUGCAUUUUCACGGUGGCGGGUUGACGCUUGGGAGUCCCGACCGUAUCUUGGAUGCGGUAGAACGCGUCCACGACGGGUUAAUUCAAAAGAAGCAAAACAACAAUGACCCAGACUUGAAUUUAAAGAUGGUCGUAUUGAUCAGCGCUGGAUACAGUCUGGCCCCGGAAAAGUCCUUUCCUGCCGCACCUCUGGACGCUCUCAAUAUUUUAGCCUUCGUGAUCGGAAAGUUCCCGAAUAAUCCUGUUCAUAUUUCGGGAACGUCAGCGGGGGGAUACUGUGCCUCUGUGGCAGCCAUGGAGGGUAUACGGCGCUUUCCGGGCCGUAUCGCAAGUGCGCUUUUGGUUUCGCCCAUGCUGGACCCCAAAGCCGAUAGUCUCAGCUAUUUCGCCAACGCGAACUCGGCCUACGCCUGCCCUGCGGGUUUUGUUCGUUACGGUUGGCAAGCUUUUUUUGAUCUUGAGAAAAAGGAGAGUGACGUCGAGGACAACAAUACCACGGAAAUAGAUGAUCCAUUGGCGUGUGGCUCGAACAGGACCAUAUGGGAGAAUUCAAAGUGGAACGUCUCUUCUUUAAAACGUUUAGCGUUACCCUUCUCGAGUGUUCCACAAGGCUUGGAUUCGUCGACGGCUCCUGUCUUUAUCGUCGGUACCAAUCGUGGUGAUGUAUUGUACAAUGACGGCUUGAUGGCAGUUGAGGCUCUUCGUCAAGCUGGGGCCAGUAAAGUGGAGCACGUAGAUGCUGGUGGUUGUCACGUAAUUGGAUAUUCAAACGAUUGCAAAGCGAAUGAAGCAUUGCUGGAUGCCUGGCGUCGAGCCGUUUUUCAACGUUCGUGAACGACUCGAGCUUUUUGUGCCUCUGUACUUGUUAGUAACAAAUAUUUCAGCUACUCUCAGUGGUUCUCAAGUCCCACUAUUGAACGACCGUGCGAUACAGCCAUUCUCACUGCCCAGCCUUCACAUCAAGAUAGAAAACAGGAAAAAGUCUAAAAAUCUAUCUAUUGAGCAGCUUUCGUUCAGCAUUCUCGGUCAAGAGCCUUUGACACUCUGUGCACUUAUCGUCGCAAUAUUCACUCUCGCUUUAUUUUCGGAGUGCCGGCGCAACCGGCUCGCCGACGAGCCAAAAGCGACAAUACGAAGAAAGUGUUUGGUCUCCCAUAGCGCUUUGUAGCCGCAACCAUCCAUCGGUAUUGGCCGCAAGACGCACCUCCGGAUCAAAGUGGUUGAAAUAUUUCAGGCUGUUCUUAAAAUAGUCCAGCGGAAGCUCCAAAUCAAAUGGCUUCAAACCGGCAAGGCUCGCGAACGUUGAUGUCAUCCAAAUGACACGUUCCGUAUCAUAUACGAUGCUCGAAGUAUCGCUAUCGCAGACCAUGUCUCCAGUGUGAGUGUUGAUGCGGUGCGACGCGUCGCAACCCAGUUGUACAUGAUCAGAUGCCAUGCGGACGCGACACUUUUGAUAGCCGAGUCUUGAAAAGUGGGCAACAGGUCGCUUCAGGGACAUCAGUUGCAUAGUUGAUUGUAUUGGUCGCUCAGGAAAAGCGGGUUCCUGGAGUAUGCAGUCUUCGUAGUUUCUUGGUAUAAGCGGUACCCGGGUGCAAAUAAGAGGGUGACCGUCGCGUAUGAUCGUAAUUUCCAAAGCAUUGUGUGAGGCGCUGAGCUUGAGCACGUCUGUUUUG